GUGUGAGUAGGGGAAUGUGCUCACAUAACCGGGGGUCUUUGCCUGGGAUAUAAAAGACUGUUCCCAUUUGCUCAAAGUCAAGCAUCAUUGGGUCAUUCAACAGCCUUUGAGUGAAGGAAGCUUCACAGGAGCUGCUCUAGUCUGUGCCCACACCGUGUCCUCUGCUCUCCGACAAUGAUCAAGCUGAUCCUGGUCAGUAUGCUGAUGGUUUCCUGUGUUGGGGGCCAUGCUCUGGACACUCCAAAUCCUCAGGAAUUGCCUCCAGGACUGUCAAAAAAUAUCAAUAUUACAUUCUUCAAUGGGGUGUUUCAAAAUGUGGAAAGUGUCGCUGAAAUUUUUGAGUGCCUAGGCUCCCACUUCACCUGGCUGCAGGCUGUCUUCACCAACUUCCCUCUGCUGCUGCAGUUUGUGAACAGUAUGAGGUGUGUGACCGGCCUCUGCCCCCGGGACUUUGAAGACUAUGGCUGUGCCUGCAGGUUUGAGAUGGAAGGGCUACCUGUGGAUGAGUCUGACAGCUGCUGCUUCCAGCAUCGUAGGUGCUAUGAGGAGGCUGUUGAGAUGGACUGUCUCCAGGACCCUGCCAAGCUCAGUGCAGAUGUGGAUUGCAUCAACAAACAGAUCACAUGUGAAUCUGAGGAUCUUUGUGAGCGCCUACUGUGUACCUGUGACAAGGUUGCUGUUGAGUGCUUGGCUCAGUCUGGCAUCAACUCUUCCCUGAAUUUUCUGGAUGCUUCCUUCUGCCUGGCUCAAACUCCAGAGACCACUAGCAGCAAAGCCCCAGUGACUGAGCUACCUAGAGGGGUUCCUGAGAAGCCCACAGAUACCAGUCAGAUAGCCCUCUCAGGAGAAGUGGCUGGUGAGAUGAGAGCAGACAGACCGACAACACUCUCCAGGACAAGGGCAGACUCUGUCGGAGAUCUUCAAGGUGUGGAAGCUGCUAGGACCAUGUCAACUCCAGGAUCUGCAGAGAUUGUUGCCAUUGCUGAAGGUGCAACCCGUGCCCCUGCUGGCAUGAAAACAUUGAGGUUGGAAGUAUCAUCCAUUGACAAUGGUUCUCAGGAGACAAAUGGAAAAGCCUGUGACAGAUUGGCCUUCCUGCAUCCGGGUGAUGGGGAUAGCAUGCAGGCCCUGCUGCAGCUUGGAGAGAUGCUCUUCUGUCUAACAUCCCACUGCCCAGAGGAAUUUGAAUCUUAUGGCUGCUACUGUGGAAGAGAAGGAAAAGGCGAGCCAAGGGAUACCCUGGACAGGUGCUGUUUGUCCCAUCACUGCUGUUUGGAGCAGGUGAGACCACUGGGCUGCCUGCAUGGGAGUCGUUCUCGGUCAUCUGUGGUAUGUGAGGACCAUACACCCAAGUGUGUGGGGCAGAGCCUCUGUGAGAAGCUCCUAUGUGCCUGUGACCAGAUGGCAGCCGAGUGCAUGGCCUCCGCCUCCUUUAAUCAAAGCCUUAAGUUGCCAGACCUACGAGAGUGCCAGGGCAAGCCUGUAUCCUGUGAGGAUGGCGGGCUUGGGGGCAACCUGGCCUCUUCUGCAGGCUCCAGUUCUGAGGAGAACAGUGAGGAGGCCACAUCCUAGAUGGAACUCCUAAGAAGCAGGUUUCUGGAGAAGCCUCCUGGUUCCUUGGGGACAAGGUCACUUGGUGGAAGAUAA